GCGGUUAAGGAUGAGGUUCCUACAAUAUAGGAUCCGCUCAGUGGAGAUCUUCUAUAUGAGAGCCUUCUUCUGAUUGACCCGUCAAGGAUGAAUAAGGACAGGGACAAGAUGGCGGAGAGUAUAAUAAAUCUCACCCUAGAGAUCCUCUUCCGGCUUACUGGAGAGAACUACACAGUAGUGAAGAAGACCUCUAGUGAGAGCUGUCAGGCCCCUGUGUCUGCAGAAUGGGGAGGAACCCUGAGCCCAAUCAUGGAGCCUCCACCUCAUCCCCUGAUACAUGAGGAAAUCAAUAGAGAGAAGAUCCUAGGACUCGUCAACAAGAUGAUUGAGUUGCUGACUGGAGAGGUUCCUAUAAGAUGUCAGGAUGUCACUAUCUAUUUCUCCGUGGAGGAGUGGGAGUAUUUAGAAGGACACAAAGAUCUGUAUAAGGACUUCAUGAUGGAGGAUCACCGGCCUCUCGCAUCACCAGUUAAAGAAGAGAGAACAAAACCGGAGAGAUGUCCCAGUCCUCUUCUUCCACAGGAUGGUUCAGGAGAACAUCACAGUGUCCCACAGGAUGAUCAGGUUCAGAAUCCAGGUGAAGAUCUGAACACUAUAUAUGUUACAGAGGCAUAUGUGAGGGGUGAUGAGCAGAGUACAGAGGACAUUCCUACAGACAACUGCCCAGAUGACUAUAUCAUGAGCUCAAAGGGACUUCCGAUACCUAAAGAUUUAAAAGCAGAUGAUCAUGCUCUGGUACAAGAUGCUUAUCAAGUAUAUGUCAUUAUCCCAGAUACACCCUUAGCCUUGCAAAGCAACAGUCAAUCAUUUGAUCUUUUUCAACGAGUCCUGCCUUUUGAUUCAUCACAGAUUGUUAAGCAAAAUAAAGGACACAGAAGAGGUGAACAUCCAACAACUCCCACAGGGGAGAAGCCAUUUUCAUGUUUAGAAUGCGGGAAACGGUUUACGAAAAAAUCUAUUCUUACUACACAUAAGAGAAUUCACACAGGGGAGAAACCAUUUUCAUGCUCAGAAUGUGGGAAAUGCUAUAGGAUAAAAUCAAGUCUUACUAUACACCAAAGAGCUCACACAGGAGAGAAGCUAUUUUCGUGUUUAGAAUGUGGUAAACAGUUUACCAACAAAUCAAGUCUUAUUACACAUAAGAGAAUUCACACAGGGGAAAAACCAUUUUCAUGUUUAGAAUGUGAAAAAUGUUUUAUCCAGAAAUCAGAUCUUGUUAAACAUCAGAGAGGUCACACGGGGGAGAAGCCAUUUUCAUGUGCAGAAUGUGGGAAAUGUUUUAGCGAUAAAUCAAGUUUCAUUUCACAUAAGAAAAUUCACACAGGGGAGAAGUCAUUUUCAUGUUUACAAUGCGGGAAAUGGUUUAGGAAAAAAUCUAAUCUUAUUAUACAUGAUAGAAUUCACACAGGGGAGAAACCAUAUUCAUGUUUAGAAUGUGGGAAACAGUUUACCAACAAAUCAAGUCUUAUUACUCAUAAGAGAAUUCACACAGGGGAAAAACCAUUUUCAUGUUUAGAAUGUGAAAAAUGUUUUAUCCAGAAAUCAGAUCUUGUUAAACAUCAGAGAGGUCACACGGGGGAGAAGCCAUUUUCAUGUGCAGAAUGUGGGAAAUGUUUUAGCGAUAAUUCAAGUUUUAUUUCACAUAAGAAAAUUCACACAGGAGAGAAGUCAUUUUCAUGUUUAGAAUGCGGGAAAUGGUUUAGGAAAAAAUCAAAUCUUACUAUACAUGAUAGAGUUCACACAGGGGAGAAACCAUAUUCGUGUUCAGAAUGUGGAAAAUGUUUUAGUCAGAAAUCAGAUCUUGUUAAACAUCAGAGAAGUCACACGGGGGAGAAACCAUUUUCAUGUGCAGAAUGUGGGAAAUGUUUUAGCGAUAAUUCAAGUUUUAUUAUACAUAAGAAAAUUCACACAGGGGAGAAGUCAUUUUCAUGUUCAGAAUGUGGGAAAUGGUUUAGGCAAAAAUCAAGUCUUAUUAUACAUGAUAGAAUUCACACAGGGGAGAAACCAUAUUCGUGUUCAGAAUGUGGAAAAUGUUUUAGUCAGAAAUCAGAUCUUGUUAAACAUCAGAGAAGUCACACGGGGGAGAAACCAUUUUCAUGUGCAGAAUGUGGAAAAUAUUUUAGCAAUAAAUCAAGGCUUAUUAUGCAUGAGAAAAUUCACACAGGGGAGAAGCCAUUUUCAUGUUCAGACUUGGAAAAGUUGUAG